CUUGUUAUGGAAAACUCUGGAACUUUCCGCGCGGUUUAUAAAGCAAAUGUUCGGGCGCAGCGCAGCGAGUUGAGACAGAAGACGGGCUGAGGACGUGUCCCUGACUGAAGUCGUAAAUAACUGUUUCUGAACAGCUUUAACGUUUACUAAGGAGGCCGCUGGAUGGUAAAAAUGGGUAAAGACUACUACGACAUUUUGGGAAUUAAGAGAGGAGCGUCGGAUGACGAUAUUAAGAAAGCUUACCGUAAGCAGGCUCUGCGCUAUCACCCCGAUAAAAACAAGUCACCGGGAGCCGAGGAGAAAUUUAAAGAAAUCGCCGAAGCUUACGACGUUUUGAGCGACCCGAAGAAAAAGGACAUCUACGACCGUUAUGGCGAAGAAGGUCUGAAAGGUGGGGGGCCCUCAGGAGGUGGUGGUCCUGGCACCUUUAGCUACAGCUUCCAGGGCGACCCUCAUGCCAUCUUUGAAGAGUUCUUCGGUGGACGAAACCCCUUCGGACAGUUCUUUGGUGCCCGCAAUGGAGGCAUGGAUGAGGACAUGGACACUGACGACCCUUUUGCCCGCUUUGGGAUGGGGGGCGGUGGAAUGGGCGGGUUCCCUCGCUCCUUCAGUUCUGGAAUGGGGGGAAUGGGCGGUCACAGUAGCGUUGUGAAGAAGCAGCAGGACCCCCCUGUUGUUCACGACCUUCGGGUGACGUUGGAGGAAGUUCUGUCAGGUUGCACAAAGAAAAUGAAGAUCUCGCGUAAGAGGCUGAACCCUGACGGGCGAACGCUAAGAACAGAAGAUAAAAUCCUGGAGGUGCAGAUAAAGAAGGGGUGGAAAGAGGGCACGAAAAUCACUUUUCCCAAAGAGGGGGAUGAGACACCUACAAACAUUCCAGCUGAUGUGGUCUUCGUAUUAAAGGACAAGCCACAUCCGGUAUUUAGACGCGAGGGAUCUGACAUCAUUUACACAGGGAAGAUCUCACUCAGAGAUGCCUUGUGUGGCUGUACAGUCAAUGCACCCACACUGGAAGGCAGAACAGUGACCGUGUCAACAACAGAUAUCGUGCAGCCAGGGAUGAAGCGACGCAUUAGUGGCGAGGGGUUGCCUUAUCCCAAACGCCCUGAUCGUCGAGGUGACCUUAUAGUGGAGUACGAGGUCAAAUUCCCAGAAAGGCUCAGCCAGAGCGCCCGGGACACCAUCGCUCAGGUCCUCCCGCGAUCUUAAAGGAGACAAAACGGACCUCCAGGACUUAAGAAUUGUUACGCUAAACUGCCAACUUUAUUUUAUUAUAUUUUUUUUUUUUUAAGUCAAUGAUCAUAUGGACAUUCAUAUGGAAUUAUAAAUCACAUCAGACAAAGGACAGACUCGGGACAGAUUGCGCUGUUUGUAAACUGUUAUGCAUGGUGUAAAAACCACCUCGGGAAAAUGCUCACCAUGACAGACUGCAGCAUUUCACAGGCUAGAAUGUAAAUAUGCCCAACAUUGUUUGAUGUUUGAUUUACUGAAUAAGAUUAUAUUUUGAUGGAAAAUAAGUGUAUUAUAAUAUAUAAAAUACAUGUGGGAUUCUGUGAGAACUGUUUUGUUGGUAAUAAAAAAAAAAGGUUUGUGCUGAAGAUUUCAUUUUGGUAUAAAAUUGCAACGUGAAGAUUUGCAUUGACUUGUUUAUUUAAGACGGGCCGUGAGAUGUGGAGUAAGAUUUUGUAUUUGUUUGCAUGACCAGCAUUGCAGGUCAUACACUACACAAUGACAACGUUGCAUCCAAAUGAAAAGCUGUUGGGCGACUGAUGUCACAACAAAAGGCAGUGCUUAUUGUUAUUGUUAACCACUGUUAUAGAAAGAACAAAGAAAUGAAAACAGGUGCUGUAAACAUGAAUAUGUGGCCUUACAGUUCUUCACUACGGAGAGUCCAUGAGGCUCUGAAAGCUACGUGUGGGAAGUUUUCUCUUUCCUGCAGAGGGCUAAGGGAUGUUACCAAUGGCAGGCAGAGGGUUGUAGCGCAUGAUUUCUGCAGAGACGCACUGACCUUAAUUUCAAAUGAAGGGAUUUUGAAAGUGAUCUUGUUUCAUCCUAAAUCAUGCAAAAGUAUGUUUCUAGUGUAUUUAGAAUAAUAAUGGCACUUUGGCAAAAGUUCAUUAUGGUAGAUCUUUUCUGUUUUGCCUCUCUUCCUCUAUGGUUGAAUUUCCUUUAGGCUGUUCCACAUCACCAAAUUCCUUUACAUUCACAAAUUCUGAUGUCCCUGUUGUCUGACCAAUGACAGGGUCUACUUGCCUAAAUGUCUUUUUCUGUUGCUAACCUCAAUAAAUACUGUUAUACACUUCCAA